GUAACACAGUGGUCUAGCCAGCGACAACGAUAUCCGUCUCCUCUACAGAGUGGACAUGUUCCCACGUGACGUGUACACGUUUUACGAUGCAGAGAACAAAACAUGGAGUGGCCGCAACUUGCCGCCACUGUACAACCCCAAUCAGGGAAUUGGAGAAUUAAUUUGGAGAGUGAUGGAUCGUGCACCGUGGAAGAUAGCACAAAUCAGUGCGGAUAGUGGAGUUCGCGUAACGUACCGUGAGAUGCGUCUACGAAGUGUGCGUGUAGCGCAAAAUCUUGCCGCGAUGGGAUAUGAGAUGGGAGAUGUGGUGGCGAUUAUUGCAAGAAACAACGAAAAGUUGGCGCCUGUUGUAUUUGGAUGUUUUAUGCAAGGAUUGCCGAUCAAUUCGCUGGAUCCAAAUUUUCAUAGGGACGAUUUUGCACACAUGUUUGCCACCGCCAAACCGAAGGUCGUCUUUUGUGAAGGAGAUUUGGUUGAUGAAGUGAGGGCAGCUUGUGAACUGGCAAGUAUUGAACCAAGCCUGACUGUUUUUGGACCUCGAGUCAACGGUUAUACUCGUGUUGACGAUUUGCUAGUAGAAACCGGCCUCGAGAAACAUUACCAACCGUUGCGAAUAGAGGAUCCGGCAACACAACUGGCGAUAAUCCUGUGUUCGUCGGGCACAACGGGGAAAUCAAAGGGAGUGUGCUUGUCUCACGCGCUUUGUGUUGCCAACAUGACGAAUGUUUGGUCUUGUUUUGAAUCGGAUCGAGUGCUUUGCCUAAGUUCGCUGUACUGGAUAUCCGGAAUUGGUACUUUAUUGACGGCUACUGCUGCGGGCUCAACUAGGAUUAUUACUACGGAGCGCUAUACUGCCGGUAUGAUGAUCGGUUUAACGGAGCAGUAUCGUGUUAAUGUAAUAUUUUUUCCUCCGUCUCAUGCUUUGGGUAUUCUGAACGAGUCCACUAUUGGAAUGGCUGACUUCUCCAGCUUACGGCUGGUCAUUUGUGGAGGUGGACCAGUGUCUGCGGGUCUGAAACGUUCGUUCGAAAUGUAUCUUUCGAACGGUCAGUUUGUGGUGGUUUAUGGUAUGUCUGAAUUGGGUGGGGUCGGUUCCAUCAGUGAGGUGGCAUACAAAGACGGCUCCGUUGGAGUUUUGUCAAACGAGGUCAAAGCGAAAGUUGUGGAUGAUGAUGGGAAUCUGGUUGAUUUUGGAGAACAAGGCGAGUUGCUGGUUAAAAAGCCGUAUGUCUUUAUGGAAUACCUCGGGAACCCUGAGUCCACGGAGGAAAUGUUGGACGCAGAAGACUGGGUGCACACGGGAGAUAUUGCAAGCAUCGACGAAGACGGUUUGUUGUUCAUAGUUGACCGUAAGAAAGACAUCAUAAAAUACGCCGGGUAUCAGAUAUCACCAACGGAGAUUGAGAAUGUCAUUCUGCAAGUUCCAGGGGUUGUCUUCGUUUGCGUCGUCGGAAUACCUGUACCAGGGAAUGAUCUACCGGCUGCGCUGGUUGUCAAGUCUACGGGAUCGGAAGUGAGCGAGAACGAUAUCGUAGAUGCUGUUUCUAGCACAUUGCAUGAUUUGAAACAUCUAAGGGGCGGUGUUUAUUUUGUGGAUGAGCUCCCGAUGACGCCAUCGGGGAAAGUUUUGCGGCGCAAAUGUCGAGAUAUUGCCGUUGGUUUUUAUAAUGAUGCACAGUAACUUAGAGCUUUCUCAGAAAUCUAGUUCACAUUGGAAAAAAAAGAUGGAAAGAGGACUGCGGAGACUCCAUUUUGGAUCAUUUGGAUACGUUUCAGCUGUUAAAAUGAAUCCAAUAAUAUAAAUGGCUAUUCUGAUAGCAUUGGAAUCCAAUUAGGAUAAGUUUCCACUGAGAAGCCCAAAAAUUCAAAUUCUGUCAACUCAGGUCCAAUCAUGGAUGCAUGCGACGUUGCCUAACGUUGGUCCAUUAGAAGCAUUGGACGAUUUUGAAACAUCGAUGUUGGGCAACGUCCCUGGCGUCCAUCGUUCGAUUUCGUUGGAGGCUCUCAUACAAUGCUGUUUUUUCUACGACGUUCUUUUGUUUGUUUUUCUAGCUAACAUAGUUAUUCUUAGCUUAGUGUGUAGCAAGAAAGUAGACCAUUUCUGUCAAUAAUUUUAAAAUGCAGAAAUGCAACAAUAGGGUCAUUAAAUGUACUAUUCUGCUAUGCUGGUUUUUAUUAUUUACAUCGAUGAACUUUGUUAAAUUUUCAUUCAUUCCUUAAAACUUCUGAAGAAUUAAUAUUAAUCAUGUUCAUGGUUCAGUUUCUACAAACGUGUAAACUAAAGACACUAGCAUCUGAGUGCAUAUAGGAAGAGUGACGACACUGUCAAAAUUGGAACAAUGAUUAUUUGUCAGUGUCAUUCCAAACGAGUCAAAUCCAUAUAUUUUGAGAUGUUGUUUGUUCGUUUGGAAUAUCGCUGAUAGAUAAUUAUGACAGUUGUCUUCACUCUCCUUACAUACACUCUGACUAGUAUAACAAAGAGACGCCAUCUUAAUUCAGUGAAAACAAUUCAACUAGCAACCAAGCUACGGUUUACAAGCAACACUGCAAAUGUGCAAACCUCACAAAACUUGUUUGUUGUUAUUCUGAUUGUUUCUUUUAGCCAAAAUAAAAAUCUACUGCGACUUCUGGUUUCUCGACCAGCUAAAACAUGGUUUUAUCUGGAAUGGAAUUUCGCAGCAGCAAAACCACAUUAGAACAAGAACAAUAGGGAUCUUUAGGGGUGUGCGGGUUAAGGCAUAUUCUGAUGCAGAUUAGUACCGUGAGUUAAUAUCUCAGGUCUUUUUAAAUUUUUUGGCCCAAAACUAUUGAAAAAAACAUUUUUUAGUUUGUUUCCUUUUAGG